UGUAGGGGACUCUUUUCUGGGCUCAGCUCUUGGAUUUGGAGGGCUUUGGAUUGAAGGAUGUCUCGGGGGCUGGAUUUAAGGUGAAUGUAGAAUUUUAAGUGCUCUCUUUUGAAUGCUAAUUAUCAGUGGGUAUCUGCCUAAUUCUGCUCUACAUGCAUUUGUUGGUGUAUUUCUGUGUACAUGUAAGAUGUAUCUGCAGAAUUCUGCAUGUAAAGAUUCUGUUGGGUGUUUGUCCCAGCGUGUAUAGCUAUGAUGACUGAGUGGACCCCACACUUCACUACCAUACAGACUAUCAAAUAUUUUCAGCCAGAUUUUAAUUGGAAUUUGGAGAUUUAUAAAAUGUUCUCUUAAUUGUGUUUAGGGCUCUUUGAGCUUUUUCUUUUAGUGCAUUCACUGCCAUGUUGAAACUCCCUGAUGCUGUUAUUGUUAUACCAAGAGACUUUGAAGACUGUCAUUGAAGGAGCCAAGCCUGGCGUGUCUGUCCUCAGUCUGUGUGAGAAAGGAGAUUUAUUAAUCACGGCUGAAACAGCCAAGGUGUUCAAGAGGGAGAAGGAGAUAAAGAAAGGGAUUGCCUUUCCCACUUGUGUUUCUGUGAACAACUGUGUGUGCCACUUCUCUCCAUUGAAGAGUGAUCCAGACUACACACUUAAACAGGGUGACUUGGUUAAAAUUGACCUUGGAGUACAUGUGGAUGGCUUCAUCUCCAACAUUGCUCACAGCUUUGUGGUUGGUGCAACCAAGGAAGCUCCUGUGACAGGACGGAAAGCAGAUGUGAUCAAAGCUGCCCACUUGUGUGCAGAAGCUGCUCUUCGGCUGGUUAAGCCGGGAAAUCAGAACAUUCAGGUCACAGAGGCCUGGAACAGCAUCUCCCAAUCAUUCAAAUGCACAGCCAUAGAGGGCAUGCUGUCUCAUCAGUUAAAGCAGCAUGCAAUUGAUGGAGAGAAGACCAUCAUUCAGAACCCCACUGACCAACAAAAGAAGGAUCAUGAGAAGGCAGAAUUUGAAGUGCAUGAGGUGUAUGCUGUGGACGUGCUCAUAAGCACUGGAGAGGGAAAGGCUAGAGACUCUGGGCAGAGGACCACUGUUUACAAGCGAGACCCCAGUAAGCAGUAUGGCUUAAAGAUGAAAACCUCCAGGAUGUUCUUUAGUGAGGUGGAGCGACGAUUUGAUACCAUGCCGUUUACUCUAAGGGCGUUUGAGGAUGAGAGUAAAGCUCGGUUAGGUGUAGUUGAGUGUGCCAAGCACGAGCUGCUUCAGCCCUUCAGUGUCCUGCAUGAGAAGGAAGGAGAAUAUGUAGCACAGUUUAAAUUUACGGUGAUGCUCAUGGCAAAUGGCCCUCUGCGUAUCACUGGUGGAUCUUUUGAGCCAGAGCUUUACAAGUCUGAGCAUGAAGUACAAGAUCCAGAACUCAAGGCCUUGUUGCAAAGCUCAGCCAGCCGCAAAGCACAGAAGAAGAAGAAAAAAAAGGCAUCAAAAAAUGCAGAGAAUGCUACAGGGCAACCAGUGGAGGCUGAGAGUGAAGCUGCUGCAUAAACUCCCACUGCAACCAAGCUGACAGACAGAGCCUCUUUACAGCCCAAAGAACAGAACCGUUAAAGCUAAUUAUGACCUGCCCCACUGAUAGGCUGUCCGGCCAAGCCUUCUGUCUUUUUGAGUACCUCCUCAUUAAUUAUACAAGACUGCUACAGGUUAUGUACAGUUAACUUGAUUUUCCAAACUCUUGUUUGGUUGUAUUUGAGUUAUGCCGUUCACUGGAGCAACUGCCACUCGUAAGAAAGGGAGGGUACGGAUGAGCAGGUAGAUACUGACCAACCGUGUUUACAGAGGGUUAGUGCCAGGGUUCGUUUGACCCUCUCAAGAGUUUUCCUUUCAUUGUACAAGCCAUCAUGAAAAAUGUAAGUGCAUUGAUAGCACUUUUUAGGCAGUACUGCUACAAAGUGCCAUUCAUGUCAAUGCAAAAGAAAUCCCUGUUUGAAGUUUGUUAAAGGUUGCAGAUUUUGUCUGUUAGGAAAUUAUUAUAAUUUGUAUCGAUGACCUGUAAUGAGUCUUUGGAGUGGUAACUGCCUCGCAACAACUCAAAUAUAGCAGAAAAUCUACAAUGGAAGUACUGUUAAUCAAUUAGGUAAGCAUUGAUUUGUGUCAAGUGACAUUGACCAUUCAUUUUGUAGUAUCUCUCAAAUUCAAAGGUUUUUCCUAAUUUUCCCUUCAACUUAUUUGUCUUACUCCUGAAACUAUUGUUUAUUGACUAAACUGACUAACUAUCACUAAACUGACUAUCCUGCCAUUUUAUAAGUGUACAUUGAAUAAAUUUAAAUAGACAA